AGGAAGCAAUUAUGAAGAAAAAAAAGAUAAUAAGUUGCAGGCAUAUAGAAAAGGUCAAUUCCCCUGAACCAACUGCAAAAUGUUGCUUACACGCAUGAUUACGUGGGAAAUAAUGAUCCUAUACUACUACUACUACUAAUAAUAAUAAUAUUGAUAAUAGCAAUAACGCCUCAAAGCAAGAAGCCUCUGGACCAACCAGUGAGGGCCUCUCUAAGUGGAGUUUGCACGUUCUUCCACGUCUCAGCAGGGAACCUGCCAUGGGCAUCUGGCGCGCGGAGACCUGAAGCGCACACCGGGGUCCGGAGGAGGUGAAGAUGCCUCAUGGACCGCUCCGUCGCCACCAGUGCGCCAGUUCAGGGCAUCAGCAUCACCAGCACCAUCAUCAUCCCCACCAUCAUCAUCAUCAUCAUCAUCAUCGCCGCCGUCACCACCAUCCCGGCCGCCGAAUAGCAGAGACAUGCCGCGGUUCGGCGUCAGGUGGACGGUGGCGCUGCUGCUGAUGCUGCUGCUCGCCGGCGCCUUCCUCUUCUGCGAGUACCUCAUCUACUUCCCGACCAUCCUCCAGUGCGCCUGGCCCCGGAUCGGCCGCGCGCGCGGCGCAGAGGGCAUCGACGGCCGCCCGGCGGACGCGGCGCUGCGCGCCAUGGUGCUGUCGGACACGCACCUGCUGGGGGCCGUCGGCGGACACUGGUUCGACAAGCUGCGGAGGGAAUGGCAGAUGGAGAGGGCUUUCCAGACCGCUCUGUGGCUGCUCAGGCCCGAGAUAGUGUUUAUUCUCGGGGAUAUCUUCGACGAAGGCAAGUGGAGCUCGCAGAAGCACUGGGAGGACGACGUGCGCCGCUUCCACAGGAUGUUCAGACACUCGGCGGACACAGAACUGGUCGUGCUGGUCGGAAACCACGACAUCGGAUUCCAUUACGAUGCUGCUGUGUCUCCCUGCAGGAUGGACUGGUUCAAGCUGCAGCGCUUCGAGAAGGUCUUCAACGCCUCCUCCACCAGGAUCGUCACCAAGAAGGGAGUGAAUUUCCUGCUGGUGAACAGCGUGGCCCUGCACGGCGACGGCUGUCCCAUCUGCCAGUCGGUGGAGAAGGAGCUGAUCAAACUCUCCAGGGACCUCAACUGUUCUCUUCAGAACUCGCAGCCUGGCGGCGGAGUGACGGACGGCUGUGAAGGCUCGCAGCUUUAUCCUCCCACAGCGCCCGUCAUGUUGCAGCACUAUCCUCUGUACCGGGUGAGUGACGCCGGCUGCACGGGCCAGGACGCGGCGCCGCCUGAAGAGCGCCACCUGCUGUUCAGGGAGAAGUACGACGUGCUGUCGAAGGAGGCCUCCCAGAGGCUGCUGCAGUGGUUUAAGCCCCGCCUCGUCCUGAGCGGACACACCCACAGCGGAUGUGAGGUUGUCCAUGACAACAAGUACCCGGAGGUCAGCGUGCCGUCCUUCAGCUGGAGGAACAGGAACAACCCCAGCUUCAUCCUGGCGUCGGUGUCACCCGGCGGCCACGCCCUGUCCAAGUGCUUCCUGCCGGAGGAGAGCACGGUGAUCAGCGUGUACUGCUCGGCCGGCGCCUGCCUGCUGCUGCUCGCCCUGGCCCACUGCCUGUGGAUGAAGGGCCUGCUGCAGUGCCUCAGCCUCUGCCUGCUGGGGAAGCACAAGUCUCUGUGAACUGCGUUACCCAGAGUGCACCGCUGUUGCGGGACUGAGCUGGAGGCCACUUGGGAUGUGAGGAUUUUGCAAAAAACGUGAAAUUUUUCCUCCUCUGAACGUGCCAACAAAAAAGAAAAAACCCAGCCUGUUCACACAAACCUCGAUUUUUGUUUUGUCCAGAUGUUUCUGCGGCACUGUGAAGGACUUGAAUAUUUAUUUUAAAAAUGAAAAGUUUAGUGUCUGUAGUACUGAGGAUAAUGAUGCCAGCGUGGUAAUGUUCAUGUGAUGACGAGAGCAGAAAUCAUUUUACCUUCCGUGGAGGGACCAGACGGGUGAAGUCUGAAUCAGUUCUGAAAAAAUGAAGUUGGACAAAUCAAACAAAGCACAUAAUGUAAAUUCUAACUGUCCACCGCUCUGAUUUGAAGGCGGUGACGUCAGAUGUAUGUUGGUCGGUUGUCUGAUGAUUAACUGUGAUCCGAUGUAAACACUUUGUUUCUGUCGUCGUCGUCGUCCGAUCAUCCUCCUCUUGUUUAUAAGAUGCAUAUCUGAAUAUAUAUAUAAAUAAAUAUAUAAUAUAUAUAUAUAUAUAUACAUACAUAUAUAUACAUAUAUAUAUAUAUUUAUUGCAGACUUUCUGUGCCAAAUGUCUGUGAGGGGAUUUUGCCAAAUUGUUUUAAAGACAUUUCUGAUGAACUGUACAUAAAUAAAUCAGAAUCUUAAGGUG